UUGCGAAGUUGGGUGCGCCUUCAGACCGGACGGGCGUAACUUGCAAAGAUCGUUGUGUCUGGAUGGACGGAUGCGCGAGCUUCGGGUUCGGGAUGGAAAAUUAAGGUUGUCGCAGGGGGGCCGAUGGGCAGGUGUUUCGGGUAGCCUUUGGAGCCUAGGGAACUGGGCAGGGCACAAACAAAAACCUGCGCGAAGGGGGGCCCGGGAGGUGAUGCCCGAGACCCUGGAUUGCCGCAGAACCCGGGGAAAUAGGAUCCUCUUCGGACGAAAAUUCUUGAGCAGGAAAUGAUUGUUACUAGAGCUGAUGCUCUCCCCACAGUUUGAUAGCUGCCAAUGCCAACUGCCAAUGGCGAUGGAUAUGGCGAUGGAGCCCUUUUGCAGGAAGCUGCCUGGGGCAGGCCUUCUUAUUUCAAGCGUGAGGGCUCAGGAGACCACGACCUCGCCAAGUUUGAGGAAUCUGCCAAGGCUGCUCCUGCACAGAAAGAUGCCCGGCGGCUGCCAGUGGAGUCUUCAUGCAAGCCUCCAGGUGAGCCUGGAAUGGAAUCGCACACCUCAGCGACCGAUUCGCGGCGAUUGAUGAUUGACCAGAGGAACUGCAUUUCCUUUCCUUUCGGCAGAAGGCAGUCAACAUGUGAAAUAACUACACGUAGCUUUAUCGUACUGAUCUGGCGCAAGUCUACUGUACAAUUUACAUCUCAAACCGCUAAUUUUAUCAUUGCUUUCCUGCUGGCAGUCUUCCGGCCUACCCGGACCCGGGCUCCGUCACGGAGCUAUGCCAUGGUUCCUCCUCCCUUUCGGCCGCAUUGCCCGUUUGGGUGGCUGAGUCAGGCCCGACUCUUUUGCUGUUACAGUAGUGGUUCUUGUCACCGCUUCCCUCUGAAAUAGGGGUGACCUUGAAACCACUGGCAACAUUGACAGCGUAUUCGCCAUUCGUGGAGUCACGAUACAAGCGGGCGUCAGAAACGUCGGUCAGCAUCUGUCCUCGAAAAAGGAAAAAGGAGAAAAUUGCAGGUGAGACACGG